AUGUCAACAUUGAUUAUGAUAUCUCCAGUCACCAACGUUUUAACAACACCAGAACUCAUAUACCAUAUAUUUUCUUUUUCGUCAGUCGAAUCACUCCUUGUCACACGAAAUGUUUGCCGACAAUGGCGAGCAAUCAUCAAUCUUCCGACAGAAUACGCAAAAUACAUCAAUUUUAUUCAGCAUGGAUUUAAUAAUUUGAAAGAAGAAUUCGAAGAAGCGAACGAUCAAAAUUUUCAUCUUUCCGAAUCUAUUGACGAAUUACAUGGCGAUAUUGCGGACUAUGAAAAUCAUAUCAGUGAGCUUGAAGCGAAAAUUUUCGAGCUCGAAGACGAAAAUAAAAAUUUGAAACAAGAACUCAGCGAAUUUCGUCAUCAGCGUGGUCGACUUCAGUUUACAAAUAAUUUGCUAAAUCAUUCUGAGGGUCAAAUCGAAACGCUUCGGUAUCAAGCUGAUAAACUUCAGUAUUCGGUUGACGAGUUAGAAACACAAAAUGAAUGGUUCAAAAAAUACACUGAAAAUCUACAAGAAAAAAAUCAAAAACUCAUAUUCAACAAUGAAUUACUUAAAGCUAAAAAAGAACAAGUCCGUGAAUUUGUUAAAGAACUUCGAGGUAUAUGCGAAGAACUCGUGAUUAAAGACGAGAAACUUAAAAUUGAGCACGAAGAACUUCAAGAAGUUAUGAAUGAGUUUGAUGAAUUACGCGAAAGAAAUGAAGAACUCGAAUUUCAACUCGGAAAACUCGAAUAUACACAGGAAGAACUCGAAGAAGAUAAGAAAGAGUUAAAAAACAUUAUAAAAGAACUUGGUGGUGAAAUCAAAAUAUUAAAAGAACGUCUAGAUAUACCAUAG